CACUACUUCAGAACGAAAGGAUGUAAACUGGAAGAUUAUCAUUUGUUUAUCUCUUUUUAAUGUGAAAUAAAGUAAGGAUGAGUGGUUUUAAGCUUUUGAAUAAAGCGAUUGAUGCUGCACUUCCAGAGUUGCACGAUUUUGAACUGAUUUCAAAAAGGGAAAGGUCAAAUCCUUCUUCUUUAUUAACAGCAAUUUUUGUAAAAGCAUUGCACAAGGAGACGAAAAAGGAAGUAAUUCUUAAGUUUUCCUUGCAAAACGUCAAGCUCGAAAAUGAGUGCUUUUUGUUGCGUCAGUUAUCGUCUUUCUCGGGGGGCAAUAGCUAUACUAUAUGCCCAAAGUACAGAUUGCUGUUAAAUAAAUCUCUAGGAAUGCUUGUGUAUGAUGACCCUGGCCCUGAUCUCGUGAAGAACUGGUUGUCUGACCCCCGUCCUGUUGAUCUGCGACUAUUUUAUAAAUUCGCUUUAGCUGCCUGUCACACGCUCUCUUAUAUGCAUGAUAAACAGUUUUUUCAUGGAGAAAUUCGUCCAGACUCUUUUCAUUUUAACAUUGACAAUCCUAUCCAUGCUAAACUAUUAACCAUUGGAACCAGUGUUUCACCAAUUCGUUUUACGCUAUCAUCAUUAAAUUGGCAGAAGCUAUAUCAACUAGAUGACAUUCACCAUAAGCUCCAAUUCUUCAGUCCAGAACAACUUGGCAGUGUAGGUCGACCAUUGGAUAGCCGUUCCGACAUUUAUUCUUUAGGUGUCGCAUUUUACGUAUUAUUAACAAAAUGCUAUCCAUGGGGAGGAAAACCGAUGCGUAUAGUUCAAUCUAUACAUACACAACAGUUCCCUUCGGUCUUAUCCCGCCGACCAGACGUGCCCAUUGCACUUGAUAAUGUAAUAAAAAAAAUGACCAACAAGUCUAUAAACGAACGUUUUAGUGUUGCUGAUGAUCUUUGCAUUCUUUUCUACGAGCUGCUGUUACAGUAUUCAUCUUCUUUUAAACCAAUAAGUCUCAAGUUCGAUGACUCUCCGUUAAAUUCUGACAGUAAAAGCCAACCGAAUUUCCCAAAACUCAUCCUCAAUAACCCGUCUGAUUACGUUCAAAUAUUCCAAGAGUUGACUUUUUUUUCUUCAAAAAGGGAGAUUUUCACAAGUGGAAAAAAUAGUGUGCGGAUCAAGAAAAAGCACCUAUUCAAUAAUUCCUUUGUGGAAAAUGAGGCGACAUAUUGUCAUAUUCUCGCCAUUACUGGUGAAAAAGGCUGCGGCAAAACCACUUUAUUGCAAUCUGUUUCGGUAGAAGCGAGAAAAUAUGGCUAUUUCGCAAUGUGCUCUUGUCAAGGUAUUCACGCUUCUCCUUUCUCUACAAUGUUUGAUUGCGUCUCACAGAUAUUACGUCAGGUGCUUCGUGAAGAGAAAGAGACGGUUGAAAAUUACUUCUCUUCCCUUUGGGAAUUUUUAGGAGACGAACUUGUUUACAUGGGAUCACUAUUCAAAUGUGUUCCCGAACUUAAUCACCUUCUGUCCCCUAAAUAUAAUCACCAUUGUAAACAUGAAAAUCAUAUUAUAAUAAAAGAAAGAGAUACUCAAGAAAUAAGAAGUGCUAGCGGUCGUUUAGGUUUCAUUGUCUGUCUUCUCGAAAUCUUAAGUUUUACAUGUCGGAUAAGAUCAACUAUUAUUGCUUUAGAUGAAGUUCAUCUGGCUGAUGAUUGUUCUUUUUCACUUAUUCGUGGAAUUAUAGCUCACCGAUUACCAAUCUUAAUGAUAAUGGCUUGGGGUGAUCCUCUUGCUUUUGACAAUCUUCCUUUGUAUAUAAACGAAGUGCCGUAUGCUAUGGUCACUCAAAUCAAGGUGAAGCCUUUUAGUAGAAAAAGUAUCACUGAAUUUUUGGAUUACUAUUUGCGGUACCCGACUCAAGCCUUAGACCCUUUGGUUCAACUUUUACACAAUGUUAGCAAAGGUAACCCUUUGAUUCUAAAGGUUGUUAUGAAUACCGCUUAUACGAAUGGGUGCUUCAAACUUAAUGAGAAGACUAAUUCUUGGUCAUAUGAUCUGGGGUUAAUAGAACAAAGAUUAGAAAAUCUACCAUCUUUUGAAUUAACCAAAGUCAUGUCGAAUUAUUUGGGAGAUGCAUUUUCCGAAAAAACUAGAAACUAUUUGAGUUGGGCUGCAUUACUUAUUGAACCUUUUCCAUACGAGUUAUUGUGUUCGAUAACGGAACCACUAGGCUUAUUAAUCCCGCUUAGUGAAAUACUUGAUAGUUCUGUUAACAUUUUUACUUUUUACGAAGAUGGAACUAGAUGUAAAUUUACUUCUUGUAAAUUACGGGAAGGCUUUCUGUCAAGUAUCAGCGCAGGGCAAGCAGAAAAAAUGCACGCUCACAUAGCCCAUGCGUUGAUCGAAGGGAAAGCAAGAAAAUUUUUUGAAUACAAUGACAUUCAUCACGUUUUAAAAGGCUUGGGUGUUGUAAAAAAAUUCUCAAAUACAAAACCCUACAUUAUGGCGAUGCAAACUGUAUCUGACCACUUAGUUCAAUAUGGAGCGUACAAAUAUGCUAUCGAACUACUGAAAGCCUGUUUUUUUCUUUUGCCAAAGAAAGCGUCUUAUGGUUAUUUAAGCAACCAAGAAAUGGUAAGGCUACGUAUUGGUCUAGCCAUGUGUUAUUGGUGGAACAAAGAUAAUAAAAAUUCUUACGCUGUCCUGAGUAAAAUAAACUUAGACUCAGUUUCUAUAUCUGACUAUCUUCCAGCAUUAAGACUGUUAGCUAAAAUCGAAUGCUAUCGAGACAAAUCGGAAAAUAUUAUUGAAAUAGUCAUACAGAUUUUAGAUCGCCUUAACUUUCCUUUGGAAAAAAAUCCGAACGAAGAAGUAUUGAACGAGCUAUUCGAAGAAUUAUCUUCUGAAUUUCUAUCUUGCAAUUUCGAAGUCGAGCGGCGCAGGCCUAUUGAUCCAGAAAAAGUUGACAUAAUAUCCACAUUACUUUCUGACGUUUGCUUUAUCUUAUUCAAUAGCUCACAAACGUACUAUUACUAUUUUGCUUUUUUAGUCGCAAAGCUAUAUUUAAAAUAUGGCGACAGUUCUCUUAGAUAUUCACUGGUCUUUUUGGCUUCGUAUAGUUUUGUUAAAAGAAGGAGGCCGGAGGUUUUUUUGAAGGUAAAUGAACUGCAGUUGUCGAAUCAUACGUUAAGAGGUAGAAAUGCCAGUGUUCACGCUGAACUUCUUAAAUGGAUGAUUAGCAAUGAGCUUGAUAUGUAUCAGGUGAAACCGAAAAUAACAUUAGAGGGAAUUUUACUCCAUUGCGUAACUUUUGGUGACAAAAUAUAUGGUUCUUAUGUACUAGCUCGCUUGACGGCAAAUCGACUUUUCCAUGGAGAUCAUAUACAUCAACUUUUGCUUGAUCAAGAAAACGCCGAAACGCUUAUACUACUAUGGGAAGUUGAAAAACCUUUUAACCAUUACUUGUAUUUUUAUCGAAACGUAUUGUUGGCAUUAUUUGGUCUGACUGAUAAUAAAGACCCGAAUAAUAUUCUUUCGACAAAUCAAAAAUCUCAAGAGUCGUUAUCAAAAGAAUUUUUGUUCAAGAAGCCAUCUACCUACUUUACUUGGUAUUAUUCGGCUUUGAUUUAUCUGUGUACAUUAUUUAAGCAUUAUGAUUAUGUGGUGCAAGUCGCUCCAGAGUUUUUAGAGGCUUCGGAUGGUAAAAUACUAGAGCAAUAUUAUAAGCUUGUGAGAGGUUUUAUUGGCCUUUCUGCUGCACAAGUUCUAUAUAAGAAAAAGGAUAUUUCUACCGAGGAGAGGCAAAAAUUGACAUUACUUUUAAUCAAUGUUUUGAAAGCACUAAAGGAUUUUGCCUAUAACUAUAAAAUUAAAAGUUACUUACUAUGGGUUUACUUUCUGCAAGGUAUGAUUUGCCGAAACGACGGGGAUUUCAUGAAUGCAGCGAUACAUUUUGAGAACGCUGUAGAUGCCGAGCGUCAGGGAUUCAAUAAGAUCGAAUUGGCGCUGGUAUUUGAAGUUAUCGGUGAUUUUUAUUUCACGGCUUCUUACACUUUUCUGGCAAAAUCUUAUUAUCUGAGCGCUCUUAAUCAUUAUGGAGACAUAGGAUGCUACGGAGUGGAAAAUAAAUUAAAGGAGUUGCUUUCCGAAAGAUUUUCUUUAUCGUUUAAUCAACCAACUUAUUCAUCGAAAUCGACUAUGAUGGAUAAUGUCAUCGAAGAAAUACCGGAGUUAUUUAAGAAAAAGGACAUUAACGAUUUUAGUCUAACAUCGCAUGACUUUUUAUUCCAAAAAAAGGAACUUAAUUUCCUUGCGAAUUGCGAUAUUAGUAGUGAGCACAAUGAAGGCGGUAAGGAAACGUGCUGUAACAAUGAAUGUGAAGAUGGACUUUUGGAUAUUGUUUCUCUUAUAUCAGUCAUUAAAUGCGGGCAGCUUUUGUCAAGCAAAUUGAGGCUUGUAUCUUUACUUACUACAGUCAUAAAGCUGAUUAUUGAAUAUUCCCAGGUCGGUUUUGCUGCGGUUAUUUUGCAAAGUGACUCUGAGUAUGUAUUAUCUGCCUUUGGUAAUUCAGAGUAUAGUGAAGCUUUAGAACCUUCUGUACCAUUAAAUGAAUCCGAUAUUAAAAUCCCGGGAAAUAUUUUGUCAGACGUGUUCAACAAUGCGCAUACGGUUUCUCUAGAAAGUGUUUCUAUGCUAAAGGACGAAAACGUUAUGAAUUGGCUUCAGGAAGAACAUAGCUUGAAUUCUUUCAUUAUUAUACCUUUGCAAUUUAAGGAAAGUGUAAUUGGUGCCUUGUAUCUUCGAUUUCCUCGUAACUUAAUGCACCUUGGAAACGUAAUGUUUUUAAAGCUUUUGUCUCAGCAAAUUGCUAUAAGCAUAUCAAAUGCUCUCCUUUUUCAAAAUCUUCGUCGGACAAUAACUGACAAUGUCAAGUUGAUUGAAUCGCAACGGCUUUCGUAUCAAACAUUUAAAAAUAUUGAAGAACAAUGUAUAACGCUCUUGGAUUCCCUCCCUUGCAUCGUUUGGACUUUAGAUUCCGAAAUUGGAGACAUAGAAUUUAUAAAUGCUUCCAAGCAUGAUUAUUUCGGAAUGGUUGACGCGGACGAGUCGCUUAGUUGGAAGAAGUUUAUACACCCUGAACAACACUCACUUUUCCAGAAGAAACUUGAGAUUUUGAAAAGCGAAGACUUCGGAGAAAUUGAACUUCUUUUAAGAAAAAAUGGUAAUUUUCACUGGCAUCUAUGUCGUGGGUUGCCUCUGCAAAAGGAGUCUAACAAUAGAAAAUGGAUUAUAGUCUGCAUAGAUAUUAAUGAUGAAAAAGAAGCCCGGGAAGCUGCCAUACGUGCUGUGAAUCUGAAAGCUAACUUCUUGGCAAAUAUGUCCCAUGAAUUACGAACACCUUUCUCAAGUUUUUAUGGUAUGCUUUCGUUGCUUAGUGAUACUAAGCUUAGCGAUGAACAGUAUGAUAUUGUCUCAACUGCUAAGCAAAGCUGCACGUCAUUAGUUCAAAUUAUUGAUGAUUUACUCAAUUUCAGCGAGCUAGAGUCUGGGAAAAUAAAACUUGAGCCGAGCAAAAUUUUUGACGUGGAAGAAAAUAUUGCGGAUUGUAUUGAGUUGGUGUAUCCUUCAAUAGCCGAUAAACCUGUUCAAAUUUCUUACGAUAUUUAUCCAAAUGUUCCUGCACUUUUGGGCGGUGAUAUUGCAAAACUAAGACAGGUUAUUACAAAUCUUCUAGGAAAUUCCGUCAAAUUCACGAAUGAGGGUCAUAUUCUCUUGCGUUGCUGGAUUAAAGACGACCUUGAAUUACCAGAAUCUGAUUGUUAUUUAUAUUUUGAAAUUGAAGACACUGGAAUUGGGUUAAAACCGGAACAGAUGAAGCUUUUAUUUAGGCCUUUUACUCAAGUGGAUGGCAGUACUACUCGAAUUUAUGGUGGUUCAGGUCUUGGACUUUCAAUUUGCUUAGAAAUUUGCAAGAUCAUGGAUGGUAAUAUUGGUGUUAAAUCUGUAUACGACGAAGGGUCUACAUUUUGGUUUUACGUACGAUUAAACAAGGCCACUUUUGAAUUAUCUCGUGAACAUUUUAAGGAAACUCAUCAGAAAUUUGCCAGCAUAAUAGAGACACUAAAGUCUACCCGAGUGUUAGUGGUUGAAUCGUUUAUUACUAAAAGAUCUCUAUUUAAGUCACUAUUUUCUCUUGCUCAUACUAAUACGGUAAUUUCAACGAAAGAAGUUGAGAAAGUUUUACUAGAAGCAAAGAACAACGAAAAACCAUAUGACUUUCUUUGUAUCGAAGCUUGUAACAAGCAAUCAGAGAGCUUGAUUAUGGAGGUUUUAGCGAACCCGUUGCUUCAAAACACAUGGCUGAUAGUUCUAAUGCCUUCUUUGCGACGAACCAAAAUAAAGUCUACAAUAAACGUUGAUCCUUUCACCGCUACUCUUGAUAAAAACCUGAAUCGCGUUUUAUACUUAGCGGAACCUGUUCGGUUAUCGAAGUUAAUUCAAAACAUGAGUAUUCUAUUAACAAAGAGAGCUAAUUAUGGUAAGUUUUCCGAUACUUCAAAGCUCCAAGUCUCUACCACCAAAGCACACGGGAAAGAAAUAUUCAAUUCUGAAGAACUGCAGAUUUUAAAAACGAAAGUUGCUUUAAUAGCAGAAGAUAAUUUGAUCGCUCGGAAACUCCUAAGCAAGCAAUUAAUGAAUUUAGGGCUUCACGUUGAAACUGUGAAGGACGGACGAGAACUUGUUGAAGUAUUUAUUUCCAAGCCAUAUGGCUAUUACGGUAUUAUAUUUGCUGACUAUCACAUGCCAAUCUGUGAUGGAGCCGAAGCGGUUAGCAAAAUCCGCGACUAUGAGAGUUCACAAACUGUGGAUAAGUUUGUCCCAGUUAUAGCUCUUACAGCGGAUAUCCAAAAGUCCGCUAAGCAGAGAUGUUUAGACGUAGGUAUGAACGACUAUCUGACAAAGCCCUUUACGCAGCAGCAGCUUCAGGAUAUAAUCAGAAAAUUCUUUCUGAUUGAACAGUCUUCUUAAAAAUAUCUUGGAAAAAGUGGUUUAUUUAUUUAAAGCAUCUCUACUAGGUUAAUGAUUGUUUAAUAUUAGGGUUUUGGGGAAAAUAUAUUUUGAAAGGAAUUUAAGAUUAAGGAUACUCAGCGGUAAUUAGUAUGCAUUUACAAUAGUUUCUUUUAUUACUUUCUAUCUGAAUUGGUGAUAACUUGUCAAUCACUAUUUUCUUAAAUGUGAGGACUUCAUUAGCUUUUAGCUGCUAGAUCCACACCAGACUUAAUACUUGCAAUCAUAGCGCUCAGUUGAAUUUUCUCUGAGCAACCAAAAGACAUACGAUGCUCAAUGGAAGCCAAUUGAUCUAAAAUGAAUAUGCGUGUAUUUGCCGG